GAGCUUUCUAGCAGCAGCCAGUCGCCGGCUGCCGGGCCACGACCUCGCAUCAACCCGGUUGUUCGUUUGCUCGGUUCGAUGCUGUGCGAGAGAGUUUCCGCGAACCACGUUUCCGCAGAUCUCUAAAUUUGCGUUCGAGCUUUCGACAGACCAUAUUCUCUAUUGCUGUCUCCACGAACACAUGAUAAAGAAAGGUUUCAUUGAAACUGUAUAAAAAUUCUUAAUCCGCAAAUUUCUUCACGGUUGCUCAUAUCCUCCAUGAACUUAUUCGGUUAACUUAUAUCUGACUUGUCUAACAAUUUAGCUAGAACAAUUACUCCGAAUAAUUUGCAAGAUGUCAAGUAACAAUUGAAUAAGCGGUCGCAAAGAUUAGAUGCAAUAUCUGAACGUGAAAUUUGGACGUAUAAGAAGAAUUUGAAUCAAGGAUUGCGGUAUCGAAAAUUGAAGGUCGGGAUCGAGUGUGAAAAUUGUCUUGUGCAAAAACAAGUGACGCCCAUCGGUUGUUUUUCCGAGCAACAGCGGAGUAUGGCGGAUGGGUGACAGACGCGAACCCACUGCUGACUGAAGGUGUUUUUCAGCGUCGGUGGGACCAUGUGAGACUUCAACCAUGAGGAGUGGCGGUCAGAACGGUGUAUGGACAGUAAGCGUGAUUAUACUGUCAAUUGGCACUUGGGUGGGCAGAGUCGGGCCACGUCCAGCAGAUGGGGAGCUUGCACUCCUGACGUCGCCGCGUGAGCGAUUGGACACUGUUCGGCAGGUUCUUUCCGAGGUGCCUUUGAUCGACGGUCACAAUGAUUUACCGUGGAACAUCCGCAAUUUCUUGCACAAUCAACUGGCAGACUUCGAUUUCGACAAGGACUUGCGUCAAGUCGCGCCCUGGAGUAAAAGCGCUUGGAGUCAAACCGAUCUGGUCAGAUUGCGGCAGGGCAUGGUGGGCGGUCAGUUUUGGGUCGCUUACGUGCCAUGCGAGUCUCAACAUCUCAAUGCAGUCCAGUUGACUCUAGAACAGGUAGAUCUCAUUAAAAGACUCAUAGAAAAAUAUUCCCAGCACAUGCAGUUCACUGUAUCAUCGAGAGAGAUUUUGGAGGCUCACGGGCGAGGUAGAAUAGCUUCCCUGAUUGGAGUGGAGGGUGGGCAUAGUUUAGGAAGUAGUUUAGCCGUUUUAAGAACACUCUACCAGUUGGGCGUACGAUAUCUCACACUAACACAUACUUGCAACACACCGUGGGCGAAAAGUUCGUCGGUAGAAGACGACGAUGAAGAUGGCGGAGGCCUGACGACAUUCGGUAAAACGGUAGUUCAAGAAAUGAAUAGGCUUGGAAUGCUGAUAGACCUCAGCCACACUGCUAGGGCGACCAUGAGGGAUGCUCUGAGGGUCAGUAGAGCGCCGCUCAUUUUUUCACACUCCUCAGCAUUCGCCAUUUGUAAUUCCUCUAGAAAUGUACCCGACGACAUUCUUAAGCAGCUGGCUGAUAACGGUGGGCUAGUGAUGGUCACGUUUUACAAUUAUUUUGUAAAAUGCGGACCUCAAGCUAGUGUCUCGGACGUGGCUGAGCAUAUAUACUAUAUUAGAAACUUGAUCGGCGUGGACCAUAUCGGAGUCGGCGGGGAUUUCGACGGCAUCAACAAAACUCCUCGUGGUCUUGAAGACGUCUCGAGGUAUCCUGAACUAUUCGCCGAACUUCUCCGUAGCGGAAAAUGGAAUGUGCUCGACCUAAAGAAAGUCGCCGGCUUGAAUUUACUGCGAGUUCUCACACAGGUAGAACGUGUGAGGGAUGACAUGAGAACAGCUGGAGUUACGCCGUCCGAGGAGUAUCUUUCAGAUUCGCCGGAUGCGAUCGGUAAUUGCGCUCUAGAUAUUAAUUCCGUGCAAAGGGUCACGGAAGUCUGAUCGAUCGAUUACUCCACGACAUGCGAAUUAAUCUUAUAUGUGUACGGCCGUUCCGCGUAAAUUAACAUGGUCAACUCUGACCACAACCGGGUACGAUAGCGCCGGUUCAAAGCGAAAAUUCAAUUAUCUCGAUUACACUGCGACCUGUACGCUCGCAAAAGUUCUUCGAACCUCGUGUGCGGAUGCUCAAUUAAACAUCGUCGACAUUUGCAAAAGCUCAAAAUAAACCUACCUCGAUACCUAUCUUAUAAAGGCGACGAGCAACGUGUAUUGAUUAUGUUUUAUUAAAGGAAAUACGUUCUCAUACGAUACAAUAAGAUGUGGACAGAGAUAUUGCACUGUCAGUAAAUAAUUUUAAUUAUUAGCAAGGAUUUAGUAUAAACUUCCGUCUCUUUUGUAUUCUACGAAAAUCAAAUAUAAAUUUAGUAAUCUAAUAAUAUGAUUAUUAUUUAAUUGGAUAUAAUUCCCUUUCAAUGUGAUACUGAUAAAUCAUACCUUUUUUAUUAGCGGCCACAACUAUAAAAAUCGCAAAUUAAAUUAUUAAUUAUGAAAUAGUCUGCUCGUCGCCAUUAAUUAUCCGUAACACACAGACAGUCUUCUUUAUGAUUCAAUACCCAAUACCAAUGAAUCGUUAACAUCGUCUGGUCAUUUUAUUUUAAGAUCUUCACUAUUCUGCUGUGAACAUUUCCACGGUCAUGUAAAUAUCUGAACGAUAUGCGGAACGCUAUCCAAUAUUUACGUGAAGAGAAAACGUCAUCGUGAUUGAACUUUCUGAACUUUGAUGUCUUCCUCUCUUGGAAACGAUCGUAAUAUGUGUGUGAAACUAUGAACUCCGGCUGUAUACCUUUCAACGUCUUCCUUCCCCUCAUUGCAACAAAAACACGUACUUUAUAAAGUGCUUAUAAAAGGUUUAUGGAAGAAGGAGACAUCGACGUCGUGUUUCUACGAGCAACUUAUAAAAAUUAACAAAAUUCUUCGAAAUUUUACUUGCAAUAUGCAAACAUUUUUUAUUUAGCUCAAUUCUAAAUUCUGUUUCUGUUUAAUAACUUAAGAAUUGCGGGCUUUUCUUUACAUUUAUCACGUGCUUGUUUCCAGGCUGAUAACUGCGGACUGGAUGGUCAUGUUUUACAAUUAUUUUGUGAAAUUUUAUGCGGUCCUCAAGUCAAUAUCUCGGACGUAGUCGUCACAUAUUAUUUUCUAUAUUCA